AUGCAGUCUGGAUCUAUGUGUGUGUUCAGGGAUAACCUGCAUAUCCUGGAGAAUGAUGUUUUGAUGUACUUUUCUGGAAAUCUUCUUCACUUCUUCCACGUAGAGACUUGCAGCUUCACAUAUCACAGGAUGAAUGAAGGAAUCUCUGCUUUAAAGGUUCAUCCAGUAGAAUCAUUGUUUGCUGUAGCUGAACAAGGGACUACUCCCUCAAUUCUAAUAUUCUCCUGGCCUAAACUGGAGAUUAUUAAAAAAAUCAGAGAGGAAGAAUCUAGCUUCUACAGUGCCAUCAGUUUUAGUGCAGAUGGUGCCCUUAUGUGUCUUCAAGGGUCUUCGCCAAGAUUUCUAAUAUCAGUCUGGAAUUGGAGGAAUAAUGAGCAGAUUGCAUGCUCAGAAGGAGAUCCUUACCCAGUUUAUUCCCUUCUUUUCUCUCCUUUUAAUCCAACCUUGAUUACAACCUGUGGUCAAGGGCACAUUAACUUUUGGAGAAUUGUAACAACUAGCAGUGGAACAAAAAUUGAUAAAUUAGCUGGAAAGCUAUGUCGAAAACCAAAAACUGAUAUUGAAGCCUGUAUUCAACUUUCAGAUGGAAAAGUAAUCUCUGGCUGCACUUGGGGAAGUCUUUUACUUUGGGAAGAAGGCGCAGUCAAGGUUGAAAUCAAAAGAAGAGAUUUGUCAAAGUGCCAUCAGAGUUCUGUACUCCAGUUUGUGAUAGCAGAAGGAGAACUGAUUUCCAUAGGAGCAGAUAGUUGGGUCAGAGUUUGGGAUCUUGAAAGUAUUCAGCACGCAGAGGGGAUCAAUCUAGAAAAGACUGACGGAGUAUUCCUUCUUGAUCCCAUAAAUGAAGUUCAAAUAGCUCCAGAUGCUGUUCUUCAGUCUAUUUCAAAGAGCAAAGUAAGGUCUUCUGGUGAAGAACAUUUCUGGUACAUUCAAGAUGCUGGGGGUGGUAUAUGGAAGGCCGAUUUAUCCUUUUCCCUAACCAUGCGGAAACCAGAGAAAAUUUUUCAAUGCCAUGCUGGAGCAGUUACUUCCUUGGUUUCCAACCCAUCUGAAAAUAUAUUAAUCUCAGGUGGUAUUGAUGGAAGAAUUUGUGCUUACAAUUUAAAAAGAAACACAAUGGUAGGUAGUAUUAAGUAUACCUGUGGUGUGACCUGCAUGCACUGGCUUCCAUUGGCCCUGGACAUUACUGGAACUCAGGUCUUAAUUGGAUUUGAAGAUGGAGUUGUCAGGUUAUACUUUAUAAUGGUCAACAUGGCAGAUGGAAACUUUGCAAAUGUUAUCAAAGCAAUGACUGUGAACAUGAGACUCUUGCAAGCCCUUAAACCUCAUAGAAAGGCGGUCAGGAAGAUAAAAGCUCAUUUAAAGAUAAAUAUUGCUGCUUCAGUUGGUAAUGACAAUACUAUAUUUGUGUUUAGAUUGAAUUCACAAGAUUGUCUAAUUAAGGUUAUUCCCAUCGGGUACUUCAGUUUUGAUCAACAAAUUAUUGCAGUGGAUUUCCAUCCUGGGAAUAGUAUUAUCUUGAUGGUUGGAUUAGAAGAUGGAAAUCUAAAAUUUUUGGAUUUUAAUGGUCUUCCGAACAGUCAAGUUGAGAAGGUUUGUCUUGACAUGUCCCAAUUCUUACAGGAUGAAAUAGAUAUCAAGACUUAUUUAGGAAAGACUGAAAUUAGCUUGUUUGAUGUCUGGUAUGAGAAAACCGAAUUAAUCCAAUGCACUGUAAAGACUAAAGAGGGUAUUGAGUUGUAUUCCAUCAAUAAAGGAACUGAAAUUGAGGAAUUGAGAGUAAUGGAAAAUGUAAAAAUAGUUACGCCAACUUCAACUUCUGAUCUGUCUGUAAUUGUACCCCCUGUUAGAAAUUCAACCAUAAUCUGUGGAUUUUCUAAUGGGUUUCUAAAAGUUGAAGAAAUAUCCUCCUCUAAGAAAAACAACUAUUGGCUCCAAUCUAUAAGUGAUUACAAACAUGGAAUUAUUUCUGAUAUUCUUGUCAUGGAUGGGAAAAUUAUUACUUCAGGGUUAGAUGGAACUGUUUUUGUAUUUGGUACAAAAGAUGAGAUCUUAAGUGAAACCGAUAAAGCUGUUACAUUGCUUAAUAGCUUAAAGGCCACUUACUUUGAUCCUAUUGUAUUUUCUAGAAUUUGUGUGAAAGGAUUACGAUCAAAGCAAGAGUUAUCUACUUUUAGACUUGCUAGGUUGGAUGAUUCUGAUCUUUAUGAUGAAGAAUAUGAGGAAGUUGAUUUAGAUAAUUACCACCAAGAGACAUACACUCCUAAAACUCCUAAGCUUGCUGAUGGUACCUUUAAAAGGUCAACUGGUACAGACACUGUAGACUCUGAAUCAAACAUUUCCAGUUCUGCAACAAAUAUUUCCAAGAGCAAAUUAAAUGUAAAAAUUUCCAAUGGAAGAAUUCUAAAGGCUCUGAAUAAGCAGGAGGAUAAAAGAGAGAAAAAAUUACUUCGUAAAAGAGAAUGGGAUGACCUGUAUAACAGAAAGCCAAGAGAAAACGAUGAAGAUCCAACACUUGUAGAAGAGUUCAAACAUGCAAAAGAGAACAUGGGAGAUUUUAAAAGAAAAACUAGUUUUGAAUACAAACAAAAAGAAGACUUAAAGCCAGAUAAAAUAUCAAAAGACUUGAAUGUAAUUGUAAAAAUGAUAUUCAGCAAAAAGAAAGACUUCAAUGAAAAUGUAGUUUCCCUUCAGAAAGAAAAGCUUUCUGUGAUUGCUGAGUUAAAACAUUUUUAUAAGGAUAUAAUUAAAAUUCAAGAGGAUUUAAAACCUUGUGAUAGGGAUAAUAUCCCUAACAUACCUACAUUAGACUCUGAGGAACAUAAUACAGAUAUAUUCACCAUCGAGCAAACUGAAGUUGAAAAUUUGAAAAUCAAGCUUGCCUCAGAAGAGGAAGAGAUGGAGCUUGGUAAGAAGAACAUUGGUUCUAGACGGGGAUCCAAAGCAUCUUCAAUAGGCUUAAAGCGUGCUCCACGCCAGUUAUCUUCAGCAAGCAGGCAAUCAUCUGUAGCUGGACAGCUUGGGCUUAGUAAACCUGAAAAGAAGAAUAUGUUUUCUCAUACAGGAUAUGGUCAUACUACCCUUGAAGAAGAUGAAAGUGAUCAAUGCUUGCAAGAUUUCACAAUAACAGAAAAAUCACAAUUUGAGAUCAUGAUUGAAAGUAGAGAAAUCAUUCUUGCCAAGCAUAAGCAGAAACAGAAAAUUAAUGAGAUGAAUAAAAAGAUGUCUGACUUUGAUGAUAAAAUAUUUGAGGCUGUUUGUCAGAAAAAUGAUCUUGAAGCUCAGCUUAAAUAUGCUGAGCUCUCUCUGAUAUUGCUCUUUGAGAAAUUUCAAAUUAUCAAUAAGGAUCAAGAACUAGAAGCCUGCUUAAAAGCUGAAGUAGAAAAGCACCUUUCAGGUCUAGAAAAAGUUAAUACCAAGUUAGAAAGUGUAGAAUUGCAGUUAAAAAAUAAGCAACGCAAUGUUGAAAUAUACAGAGAACAAAAACGAAGUAUAGAUGAAAAUGUGGAGAGAGAGCUUUCAGACAAUAAGUAUGCAGACUAUCUAUGGGAUUUGUACAACAAGAAACCAUCCAUUUCCCACAAAGAAGAUUGCUAUGCAGACAUUGAUCUGGAAAUGGGAGUUACAGAUACACUUUUAACAGCACUUCAAACCGAGGAAUGUAUAUCCAAUGAUGAUGAGAUCAACUUAAAACCUGAAGAUAUCGAUCAAGAAACCUUUAAAUUGAUCAUUGGUUUUCGAAACAAGAAACAUGAUGCUGAAGCUGGAUUAACAGCUGAAAGAAGAUUGGAAGACAAUAUUGGACGAGAACUAACAAAUCUAAGAACCAUAAGUUCAACAAAAGAAAAGGCUUUACAUGAUGCUCAAUAUGCUCUGCAUGUAUAUAUGAUAAAACGACAACAAAAACUGAAUGAGCUAGAUCAAGUGGUUAUGGUUAAUAUGCACAAUUUGAGAUUUCUUGACUGUGACCGCUUACAUGGAACAAAACCUUCAGCUGAUGAACUUCUUGCAUUUCCUGAGAACUUGUUAAUCACUCUUCAGGAAAGAACUGAAGAAUUAAAGUAUGAGAAAAAUAUAAUGAAAAAGAAAUAUAAGGAGACUAAGAAUGCAUAUGAAGGACUAAUAUCCUCCAAUAAACAACUAAAGAAAGAAAUCCAGGUAUUGGAUUUAAAAUGCAAUGUGGAAAUGGAGAAAAGAUUUGGCCCUGGAGUAACUUUGGAAAGACUAGAAUCAUUUUCUGUGAAUAGAACGCUAGAAGAAAUGAAAGAAACGCUGCUGUUAAAGGAAAGAGAAUACUGGAAAAUUCAAGAUAAAAAAGAAGAAGACAUAAGGGCAACAAAGUUGGCAUUACAUGAGCAAAUAAUAAUAAACACAGACAUUUUGACAUCAAUUACUUCCUUACAACGACAAAAGUUUAGUAACAUGAAGAAAAAAGAAAAGUGGGAAAAAUUGAUAAAGGAGAAUCUUGAAAAGCAAGAGAUUGACAAGGCAAAUGUGGAGGAGUUAAAGGAGAUGGUGAAAAAAUACCAAAGACAAGAAGCACAUAUCAAAGAACUCAAAGAGUUGCUAAUGCGCUACCUCCUCAAGUCUGGUGUGGUUGAGACAACUAAGAAAAAUUGGUCCAGACCUAUGACAGGGAGAUUGCAACAAGAACCAGCAAGGAUAAAAAAUCUUCAGGUUGACUUCCCAGUGGUUCAAAUUCAAGAAUUAUCAAAAAGAGGAAUUCCAACCAUAAAUUUGAAAAUGUAA